AUGUUCCUCGAACCUCAUGACCCCGGUGCUCAUCACGUCGCCGCCCUCCUUCUUCCUCCCCACCGACUUGGGACAGACCAGUACCUAAUUACUGUGCCCAACUAUGGGAUUGCCAUUGAAAAAAACGAACGCAAUCCUUCAUUUCUACUGCAUGGGACCGCGAUCUACAAAAUCGCUCGCCGGCUUUGCGAAGCUAUCGGUUUUCUGCAUUCGCAUAAUGUAUAUCACCUGGAUGUCAAUCCUCAAAACAUAGUCAUCCACGCGAGAACUCGCCAUCUUACUCUGAUUGACCUAGGCUGGACCGUGCUAUGCAAACAACCUUGCCCGAAAUUUGCCACCGGGACUUACGAAUUUGUAGCUCCAGAGGUACAGCGUUGGCAUGAAUGGGAGGAAAUCCAGCUCGGAGAUAACCUCGACUCAAUAGCAGAGCCUAGAUCUUGGAAAGAGGAUGAUGCGGUGGAAGGAGGAAGGGAGGAAUCGUCGCAAACAGAUGCUAAGGAAGCUGAAGUUGAACCUGAACGGUACAAUCCCCAACACGCAGAUUCUUGGGCGAUAGGCAAUGUCAUCCGCAUGCUUCUACAGGAGGGUUUCCGCCGAUGA